GCGACUUUUAAAUAUUUUUCUAGAGUUUCUUUGUGGUUGGAAGACUUCUUUCUCAGAUAGAAGAAGAGUUAAGAUUAUUGUCGAUACCAAGCAUCAAUAAACCACCACAAGGCUAACUCAAUAUGAAUCCACACCGACCAGCGUAAACACUCGUCUCACUCCACUGGAUUUCAUUAGUCUGGCCCGUCUUGAAUGUUCUCCUACGCUUCUUGAAUGUUCUCUUACAUUUUCGUGCACCUGAUUAAAGGAGACGCGGACAAAAUGGGCGACGAAAUCCACCGGUUCGACAACAACACGCUGAACGAGGUCCUGAACAAAAGCAGCACGGUCGAUCCGAAGCUGUAUGAGCGCUAUCUGACAAACAAGGCUAUCGACGAACCGGCUUAUACUGUGCUGGCUGUUAUGUACGGUGUGCUAAUUGUGCUGGGCGCUCUAGGAAAUACUCUUGUCAUAAUCUCCGUGGUGAGAAAAGCCUCAAUGCGCACGCCUCGCAACAUGUUUAUAUUCAACCUGGCGGUGGCAGAUUUAUUGCUGUGCACCGUCACAAUGCCGCUCACCUUAAUGGAAAUCUUAACGAAAUAUUUUCCAUUAGGCAACUACCUGUUUGUGUGUAAACUGAUCGGCAUCUUGCAGGCUACGAGUACCUACGUUUCCACUCUAUCCAUCACAGCGAUCGCUCUCGAUAGAUAUCAAGUAAUAGUCUAUCCAACAAUCGAGAGUCUUCAGAUAUUCGGCGCAGCAUCUAUACUGUCAGCAAUAUGGCUCAUAGCUAUGCUACUGGCCUCACCUCUAUUCUUCAUCCGACACCUAACACAUCACGAACUGCCUAUGACGGGAAACGUCAUUUUUAGUCUGGACUUUUGCAUAGAAAAUUGGCCAGUGGACCACGGUCGCGCAUACUACUCGAUAUUUUCGCUGAUUUUCCAGUAUCUUUUACCAAUUCUGAUAGUUUCGUGUUCGUACUGGAGUAUAUCCCACAAAUUAAAACGAAGAUUCCAAGGAGUUCUAGUAAGCACAGAUGAAAACUUUCAAAGAAACAGAAGACAGCUUCGAGGAAGAAGAUUACAAAGGACGAAUAUUCUGUUGGGGUCCAUAGCAAUCAUAUUCUGCAUUAGUUGGUUACCUCUAAAUUUGUUCAACCUCAUAGCGGAUCUAUCGACUGAUUCGAAUAAGUUUACUAGUCAACCCAUGAUG